AUGGUGAAGCGGUGUGCUUGGGGGUUGUGCAACACGGACGAUCGCUACCCAGAACGUUUGGCCGGCGGGGUAAAGUUUAUACCGUUUCCAAAACCGAGACGACAACAUGAGAAAUGCCUGCGAUGGAUUGAUCGCUGCGGGCGGAUUCCAGAACAACUCAAUGUCAGAAUUGUCGACGUCAGAAUAAGUAAGCAAGCAUUGCUCUUAUUUUCCUCCCUGCCUGUCUGCCUGCGAUCACAUCUCGCCAUGGUGCGCCGAUGUGUGUGGGGCUUGUGCAAUGCCGACGAAAGGUACCCAGAGAGGAUAAAUGGGGGCUUUUUUAUUCCUUUCCCAAAGCCACGCACCAAACUAGAGAAAUGCUUGCGAUGGAUUGAAGCGUGCGGUCGGCCUUACUCUCAACUAAAUGUAUUCAAGAUUGAUCAGAAUAAAUAUGUGUGUUCUAAGCAUUUUGUUGGAGGCAAUGGCCCCACCAGGGAGCACCCGGAUCCCUUACCUGUCAGACCGAUGAACAUGUUACAGUCCACAGCUGGUUAUGCUGAAGCUGGACCAUCAAAUCAAGGUUACUCUGGUAAACCAGAAAACAGCCGCAGGAAGAAAAUAGCUACUGCAACAGUCUCUUCUGAGACUGUGCUGAUUCCUGAUGACUCUCCUCCACAGCCAACUGCUCCCAAAUUGCAAAAGAAACAGCUUGAUGACAGAAGAUUUGAUGAAAGACGUUUUGAUGAGCAACGCUUUCAGGAAAGGCGAUUUGAAAACAGACGCUUUGAAGAGAGAAGGCAAAUGGCUGCAGCCCAAUCAGCCCAGGUGGCUGCUCCGCCUCUGCAGGUUCCUUCACAAAUGCAGGUGCAACAACACUUGCAGGUUUCAGCCCCACCUCCUGCUCCUGUCCAAACAGCGCCAAGGCAAGUGCAAGUGUUGGCACCCCCAGUUCAAGUCACAGUGGCUAAGCCAAAGCCUGUAGAAAAGCCUCGACCCCGGGAAAAACGAAUAUUUGUUGUCGCAGAUCAUCAACGUUGUGUCAUGUCUAAUCUGGCCUCUCUCUGGAAAAGUGGAAAGUUAUGUGAUGCAGGUAUAGGCAAUGGAUCAUCGACGGUCAUGGUGCACAAGGUUGUCCUUUCUGCUGUGUGUCCAAAACUGCUUUCCGUGUUCAGUACGGACAUUUUGUCGCACAAGUUCCUGCAAGUGAAUUUCCCAGAGGAAGUUAGCACGGAAGCAUUAAAUGCAUUUGCUGAAUACAUGUACAAUGGCAUUUUAGAUUUAGACCGUGACAUUUUGGAACAACUAAAGAUCAUUGCCAAGAGACUGGAUAUGAAAGAAUUUGAACAGUUGUGUGAUAGCCAUCUUCCAAACCACAUGCAUCAAACCGCUUCUGCUGCUGUUGCUUCCUUCUCUAAUGUUCCCUUGAUUCAAACGACCAUGCCACUUCCUCCCAUGACGUCAUCUCUUCCUUCGCUCGGUUCCACCAUCUCCACCUCCAUGCACUCUGCCCCAUCUAUCACUACUCAGGUCAUUGAUGUCAAGCAAGAAAUCUCCGAAGCCGAACUGGCCCAAGUCAAGAAGGAUACGGCUGCAGUAUUUGGCCAAGAAUCGGAGGUGUCAUCACUGGCUCCAAACAAGUCUGGAAAUGCUGCCGGUUUUGUCAUUAGCCCUAGCAUAAAAACUGAACCAGUUGGACCAGAAGACGACAAAUACGGCCACUUGAGUAGUAGCAGCAGUAAUCAAGCUUUCACGUCGACUGCCUCAUCUUCAUCAGUUAUCCCAACAGCAGCAUCCACAUCAAUAGCAUCAGUUCCAGCAUCAUCUACAGAAUUUGCCAUUCCUUUCUCAGAAGCAACAGAUGUGAAAUCUACCAGAUUAAAAGUCACUCACUCUUAUGACCCUCCUCUUGUGUCAGACUUGUCACCUGUUUCUUGCAUUGUUGAAACGGUGUGUUCCCAAUCCAGUCCCAUGAAUGAAGACUCUUCCAAACCAUUAAAUAGGCUGGCUGUCUCGACAACAUCUACUGAUGGCCUGAGCACAUCAACUGGUAAUGAAGCUGUUUAUCCUAUCUUUUUCUUUCUUUCUUUCUUUCAUUGUGUUCAAUACCUAAGCAAAAUACCUUCCUACUCCAGCUGCACUUAA